UAAUGCUUAGCUAUGCUAGUUUGCUAGCUGGUUGAGCGAAGAGGAAUUUCCGAAAACUCUGAUUACUUUGCUUUGUUCUAGGUAAAGGGCAAACUCCUCUGGACCCCACUGUGCAUGAAGCUCUCCUGAGGCUUUGGUGUCCAAGUACUGCGUCUUCCCUUCCCCCCUGCCCUCCCCCAGUUCCCUCCUGCCUCUCACCAUGUCCUCCACCUCCUCCUCCUACUCCUCCUCAGGGGAGACCAGUCCAGAGGAUCCACCCCGAGGUGGAGGAACCAUCCGAGUCUACCUCCCCAACAAACAGAGGACAGUGGUGAAUGUCCGCCAAGGACAGACUGUGCAUGAAAUUCUAGAUAAAGCGCUCAAAGUGAGAGGCCUGAGCCAAGAGUGCUGUGCUGUAUUUCGCCUUCUAGGAGGUCGAAAGAGACUGACAGACUGGGACACAGACAUAACUCCUCUAGUUGGAGAGGAGCUUUUAGUUGAGGUCCUGGAUGAUAUUCCCCUGACCAUGCACAACUUUGUACGCAAAACUUUCUUCAAGCUGGCUUACUGUGAUUUUUGCCACAAGUUCCUUUUCAAUGGCUUCAGAUGUCAGACAUGUGGCUACAAGUUUCACCAACACUGCAGUAGCAAGGUCCCCACCGUGUGUGUGGACAUGGAUACUAUAAGAGAGCGUUCUGAUCCCAGUCCUUGCCCAGAUGGAUACCCACAGAUAAUAUUGCCAGAAAAUUCCCCCACGCAGAGCAACCCAGCCUUAACCCCAGAGCCUUCUGGAAUGGGCCACCUGUCCCCAUCCCCGUCCUCAACCUUUCACUUCCCCGUGUCAGGCGGAGAUGGUCAGUCUCUACAGAGGCAUCGCUCCACAUCUACUCCCAAUGUUCAUAUGGUCAGCACAUUGGACCCUGCUUCUGCCAUGAUUAUAGAGGAAGCACUAAAGUUCAACAACACAAUAGGUAUGUUUUCCAUUUUUCCCCUCUCUUCUGUUUUAGAAUACAUUUGUUAUUCUAUGCAUGACACUUAUGUUGUGCUGUCUCUUGUUGCUGCAGGUCCUGAACCCUCACCUAAGCCCUCCACCAGCCCGCCCUCUUCUUUUGGCUCUCCAGGGAAGAAGCCACCAAAGUCCCCUUCAGAACCCAGGGAGCGCAAGCCCUCGUCCUCUGAUGACAAAAAGAAAGUGCACCGAGGAGGCAACAGAGAUUCAAGUUACUACUGGGAGGUCCACUCUCGAGAAGUCAACAUCCAGAAGAGAAUAGGUUCUGGCUCCUUUGGAACUGUCUUCAAGGGAAAGUGGCAUGGAGAUGUGGCAAUCAAGAUCCUCAAAGUCAAAGAGCCAACGCCUGAGCAGUUACAAGCCUUUAAAAAUGAAAUGCAGGUGUUGCGGAAGACCCGCCACGUCAACAUCCUGCUGUUCAUGGGCUUCAUGACUAAGCCCAACUUUGCCAUCAUCACACAAUGGUGUGAAGGCAGCAGCCUGUACCGCCAUCUGCAUGUCUUAGAGAGCAAGUUUGACACUGUGCGUCGCAUUGAUGUGGCCAGACAGACGGCACAGGGCAUGGAUUAUCUUCAUGCAAAGAACAUAAUUCAUCGAGAUCUAAAAUCAAACAAUAUUUUUCUCCAUGAGGGCUGGACUGUUAAAAUCGGUGACUUUGGCUUGGCUACAGUGAAGGCUCGAUGGACUGGCUCUCAGCAGGUAGAACAACCCAGCGGAUCCAUUCUCUGGAUGGCUCCUGAGGUGAUCCGCAUGCAGGACACAAACCCAUACACGUUCCAGUCAGACGUAUAUGGCUACGGAGUAGUUCUGUUUGAGCUGAUGUCAGGAACCCUGCCUUACUCCAAUAUCAACAACAGAGACCAGAUAAUCUUCAUGGUUGGACGUGGUUACUUGUCUCCAGACCUCAGUAAGCUGUAUAGUACCUCACCCAAAGCAAUGAAGAGGCUGAUCGUCGACUGCCUGAAGUUUAAACGUGAUGAAAGGCCCCUUUUUCCACAGAUUCUGGUGUCCAUUGAGCAGGUGCAAGAUUUGCUGCCGAAAAUCGAGCGGAGUCGCUCCGAGCCGUCGCUCCAUCGAGCUGUCCAUGCUGAGGACCUGAACCCCCUCCUGUUCCACACCACCAGGCUCAUGCCCCUCUAAGCUCUCCACAGCACACAGCAGAGAGGUCGCCAUCCUGUCAAGGACCACAGCAUUCCAGUGCCUCAAAGAGGCCACAGCUGGCUGCUCUCCACUCAUUGUGGAGCUGCAGCUCUCAGCAGCAAAACUCAGUAACAGACUGUAGAAGUAACCUUAGUCUGACAGUGAAUUUUUUUUUUUUUCCCUUCAACAGCAAAUGACACGCACAUGCCCAUCAGGUGAAAGAAAGACCUUCUGUUUGUAGACAUAUGUGUAAAAUGUCUCAUCUUGCCAGCUGAGAAAGUCAAUCGACAUCUCAACUUGUAUUUGGCUCUUAGACCUGCUUUGGGGUUUCAGUUGUUCUAAAGAAACUCACAUGGUUGCACAUACAGUGCAAAAGAGUCUAAUUCAGAUCUUUGAGGAGCACUGUCAUCAUAGCCAAAAACUUAAAUCAGCCAUAGAGCUGGAGCUGCUGGUUCAAGUCACAUGAUCCACUUACAUACUCCAUGCUCAGCGGGCAUGCGCCCCUUUCACUGUAACACAGCAUAAAUGGAAUGGGGACCUGAGAUGUAACGCCACUCAUUUGAAAGCAACUCUUUUUGAAUACGUGCCUGUCUUGAUAUGUUUUGUAAAAGGUUAGAUGUUUGCCCCCAGUGUGGACUUUUAGCUUCAUUUACUGGUCUUGCAAAUAUCUAUACAACAAGACCUGGCAACUUAGAACACUGAACUAUGCAAAGAAGUUUAGGGAAAAAAUGUAUACCAGUUGUUCAUUUAACCUGUAAUAGUCUUUUGCUGUACAUGAAGCAAAGCAGUGAAAGGCCUGGGGGUAGAUAUUUUCUUUCACUAACAUAAAACAUAAAUGUAUCCUGUCAGGUAGAUAUUCUUCAAAUAGGAACUUUGAAAUUCACUAAAUUCAUCUGAGAAUCAAGUUUCCAUUGAUGCUGUUUGUGGGGGGGGCAUGGAAAGUCAGUGAGAAGGGCCUGGCAGAACUGGCUGCAUGUCCAAAUUUAAACAUUACAAAUUACAGUUUGAGGGUUUGAAAGUUAUCCCAUUCCUUAAAUCCUGUGUUUAGUCUUAAGAAUGUGCUGUUUCAAACCAAUUUUUAGUAAAAGCAGUUGCCCACCCCUCCACCCUUUUCAAGUCCUGAAACAUCACCUAACUUGUGUCACUUACCAGGCAACACUGUGAUACUUUUAAUGUUCUAAGUCCACUGAACACGGGGACUAAAUGGUUAGGAUCAAUACUUCAGCAGUGGAUGUUAUUCAUUUCUAAACCAAAAUGUUUUCCAAAGUGAAAUGUCAGUCAGGUCAUCAGAGGACAUUGUUGUUAGAAAUGUACAGAUGUAGUUUCAAGGGCUCAGCAGAUGGCUCAUUUCAAUUCCAGGUGUAAACUGAGGUUUCCAUGUUGAGGCACGCACCUUACAGCUCUCACACUGCAGGAACAGCAGAGUGCCAUCAGCCUCUGCACCACAGGUCUGCCCAUCCACAGGUCUCUCCACGAUGGGCUUAAGUGGUUUGUUGUAUUGCUGCUACAUAUUGUGAGUGUUUUGUACACCUUAAAGAUUGAAUUGCUUGGUACACAGCUUCAGCAGUGUUGGCUAGUUUUUCCACACUCCAGAGGUCCAUUCUCCAAUGCUGCAGUCCCUCGUGCAUAGUUCACUCACACAUGUCCGCGUAUUCUCAAAAUAUUUCUAUAGCUGUGGGGCAUGCCUUAAAACUGUGAGAACCUUGGUUGAUUAGUUGCUCUAAUUUAGGCUUGAAGAGGUGUGUACAUUUUUCACAAAAGUGAGAUCACAUCUAAAGGCAAAUGUGCAAACUCUGCUGUGAUGGCCACAAGUCUACUCUGAAGAAAUAUCUGAAUUAUUAAAAUCUGUAGUAUUCAGAGAACAGAACAAAUGUGAGGGUUGUCUUGUUCGCUCGUCCAUCCGUUUGUAUGUUACCAACCGUGAGAUUGCUUUAAGCUUGUAUCCAGUUGAUUUUUCUUUGGUAGGAUGCUCACUUGUUAUGAAUGAAAGGCCUGCAUUUUAUUUUCCUGAGAUUUAAUUAGUUGAGGAUUUACUCGCCUCUUACACGCACACAGAGGUGGCUCGGUCCUGCUUCAUGAUGUCUUUCAAAGAAAUACGGAUGUGCUGAGGGUUCAGCUGGGCUGGUUUAAAAACUAGUAGCCUUAGCUGUUGAUCAGUGAUAGUGUGUGGCCUUGUUUGUGUGGCUUGUUUUGGGGGUUUGUGUGGAUAUUUUUUUUGCCCCUCUUUCAGCCCCUCAUUUUUGCUCAUUGUAAUACUGGUGGGAAAUAUUGUCUUAAAGCUUUACUCAUCUUUACUUAAAGCUUAUCAACCACAACAAUUUCAUUCCCAUCAACAAAAAGCAGGACACUGAAGAUCAGCCACUGCUCUUCUUCAGUGUAAUCCUUUGUAAAUUUGUAGUACUGACUAAUGAAAGAAAUGGAAGCGAUAGUCAUCAUAUCUACAGAACCUUUAGUUUCUCCUUCAGCUGGACUGUUAGCAUCUUUGGGCUAGUGCUCACAGGUUGACCUGACAGUGCAGUCACUCCAUUUACUAUGGAUUAAAUCUGCUUUAAGGGCACAGACGCAACUCUCUCUGGUGAUUUUGGUGACUUAACAGUAGGGGAUAAGGAGCCAUGCCUCCUGGUCUGUUCUAACAGUGCCGUAUUCUUAGGCAUUGACUCUCUUGCUGGUCGUGUCUCGCACAAGUGUGAAGGCAGCAGCAGUAGGUGUGAGGUGAUGUUUCAGGCUUCUGUGAAUCCUGCAGGUGAUGUGACAGACAUGAAGCAGAACACCUGUUGAUGCAGAUGUCUGUCACUAAUGAACUGAUAAUUUAAUAUUCUCAUGUUAAUCUAGGGGCUGGGUACCCUGACUGAUGCUCAUUCCAGUUAUGUGGUGGCUGUGGGAGGGGUUUUGUGGUGGGCUUUUUUUGCUUUGCUUUCUUAUUUAUUGAUAUUAUUGCAGAUGUUAAUCUGCAAGUACAGCACUCUGAGAUGGAUCAGAUGUUUACUGGGAAUGUUUCUCUUUGAAAUGUCUGUCAGCGCCAGGCGCUCUCUCGCUUUCUUUUUUCUCUCAAACAUUCUCAACAUGAAUGUAUGUUUCAGCGCGGUACUGUUGGCUCCUCUGUUCACUCGGACUCUGUCAAAUGCAGGGGCAUUUCUAGAAACAUUGCUUUCACACAUCCUGAGUACAAAUUGGGUAUCAACAUUUUUUAUUAUUUUUUUUUUCUAAGCAACAUGUUGUCCAUAGGGUUUCACUACAAUAGCAACACUUAGGGAACUGUAACUAACAGCAUGGAGGGCGGUGUUUAAAACUUGAUCCUGUCCAGUGAUAUUUAAGUGUAACUUGGGUAUUUGAAUGGCCUGAAGCUGCUGAAUGAAAUCUUUGUUUUUCUUUUUUUUUUUUUCUAAAUGAGCUGCUUUUUAAAAACUUUCAGAAAAAGCAAAACUUUUUUUUUUUUUUUUUUUUUAAACCACAAUGUAAGAUCAGGAGUGCUUUAGUAUAAUGUCAGCAGACCAGGUUUUCUGUGUGUCUGUAAAAAGUAGAGUGGGUUUGGAGAGCUUAUUGAAUCAUUUUGGCUCAGUUUCACAUUGAGGUGGUGCCUCCCAAAUGUCUUCAUCUGGAGGAUGAGGGAACGGGUGCCACAUCUCUGUUCAAGUGGACCUGAACAGCUUCAGGAAACAUGAGAUUCUCAUCUGGAGACUCACAGGGGCACCAUAAUGUGGGGGAAGAGAGGCACUGCGACUGUUUCACAGAGGAUGAGAGCUGUGUCAGAGUAGUUUCUUAUUUUAUUUUAUUUUAUUUUAUUUUAUUGUCUUUUCAUAUCUGUAGGUGAGUUGGAGUACUUGUCUAUAGUUUCUGAGGUGUCAGGGGUGUUAAUUUGCAAUAAAUAGUAUUUUCUGCUGUGUACAGUCUGUUUCUUUUUUGUUUUCUUGUUACUGUUUUUGUGAUUUCAAAGAGAACAAUUAUUUUAACAUGUAAAUCAAAUUUUUUUUCUUAAGGGUUUUUUGUGUGUGUGUGUGUGUGUGUGUGUGUGUUGUGAUUUUUGUCAGUAAUGAUGCAGGAUUUAUUCUUUAAAUAAAUGAAUUCAUCUAUAACUUGUUGUUUUUAGCUUUCAGUACAAUCAGUGGAAUCCAUUAGUGGAAUCUUGUGUUUGUCUGCUUCGGGACACAGUUCGUUUCGUCAGCUUACCAAUUGAAACAUUUAACUGUUUUGUUUUUUUUAAACGACGACCUCUCGAUCCGCUUAAGCUUAAAACUAAAUCUUGUUCAGGGAAACUCGCUGAACAGGGUCAAAAGAGGAAGUGGUUAUUUUUAAGGCUCCACCACAGAU